CUUGGCAGUAAUGGCUCUCAUAACCCGUCUAUUUAUAUUAUACGCAUCAUGCCUCACUCUCAUCUCGGCCAUAACAUUCAAUUCCUUCCCCAAUAAACCGCGAGUCUUCGUCCUCUCGGAUAUCUCCAAUGAACCUGAUGAUUCUGAGUCCCUCGUCCGAUAUCUCACAUACAGCAACCAGUUCCAGACGGAAGGCAUCGUGGCCACGACAUCAACCUGGCUCAAGAAUGAAACCGACCCAGAUGCCAUGCUCGACAUCAUCGAUGCAUAUGAGAAGGUUGUCGGCAAUCUGAACCACCAUGCCCCAGCGGAUUCACAAUACCCAUCCGCAGAACAUAUGCGGAGUCUAGUCCGUGCAGGGUCUCCGGUCUAUGGUAUGGCUGCCCUAGCCCCCAAUGCCACCUUCAGUGCCGGGGCCGAACUCCUCCUGGACCGCAUUCAAGCCACAACAAACAGCAGCUCCCCUCUCUGGGUCCUCGCUUGGGGCGGCACCAACGUCCUCGCGCAAGCCCUCGUCAAACUCCACAAGGACAAUUCCCCAAACAAAGCCGCCACCCUCCGAAAGAACCUGCGCAUCUAUACCAUCUCCGACCAAGACGACACAGGUGCCUGGCUCCGCCAGCAGUGGCCAGACUUGUUCUGGAUCAACUCCAUCCACGGCUGGAACCAGUACUACAUGUCCACCUGGGCCGGGAUCUCCGGCGACAAAUUCUACGGCAUCGACAAGGGUGGCCCAAACAGCACACUGGUAGGCAAUGCCUGGAUCAAGGAGAACAUCCAAAUCGGGACCUUGGGCGCUGCCUACCCAGACGUGGCAUAUACCAUGGAAGGUGACACCCCGACGUUUCUCUAUCUCAUUCAGAAUGGUCUGGGGGUACCGGAGCACCCCGAGUAUGGGUCAUGGGGCGGUCGGUAUCAGCUGGUCACUCCCAAUCAGCAUGGGCUAGGGUUCAGACAUUACUCGGAUGUGCAGGACCAGGUGGUGGGUGUUAAUGGGGACACUUUCAAGUCGAAUCAUGCGACGAUUUGGCGGUGGCGGAAUGCGUAUCAGCAUGAUUUCGCGGCGCGGAUGCGCUGGACCUUGACAGAUGAUGUGACCAAGGCGAACCACCAUCCUCUGGUGAAGGUUAAUGGGAGUUCGGGCUUGGAGCCGGUCGAUGUUUAUGGGGUUGCUGGGUCGGACGUGGUCGUGGAUGCUGCACCAUUAACGGCGCCACUGAUGUGA